AUGGAGACCAAGUAUUGGACACGAGAAUAUAUUAGUGGGAUUCGAUUAUUUAUACAUGAUGUUGAGGAACAAACGAAAUUGAUUGAAAAUGAGAUCCAGAAAGUGAAAAGAUUCAAUGACCAAUGUUGGAAACCUUUUCUCAAGAACGUCAAAUCUGUUGAGGGUAUGAGUCAAUUUAGUAACCUAUUGACGAACAGUUCAUCAAAUUCGCAAUUUGAUUCUAUGACUAAUAAAGCUAGUUCUUUAGCCCAAUUAUUAAAAGAAAAUCAACAAUAUGGUAAUGAUUAUGAAAAGGAGAUUACACCCAUCUAUGAUCGAUAUUAUGAUAAUAUGAUACGAUUAAGACAAUUAGAUCGUCAUCAUCAACAGAAACAGAAUGAUAUGCAGGUAAAUGUGAAAGAACCCAACACAGCAGCUUGUUUGAAUGAUUAUAAUAUUACAUACCCUUAUCAGCUUGAUUCGCAGAUCUCUAUAAAGAAUGAGCAAGAAAUGGUUGAAUAUAUCGAGAUGUUAAAGACGACUAUUCCAUUACAGAAGAAUCUAUUUGGUAAAGAAUAUUUUAAAGGUGUUGGAUUGAUUACUAUUUUGAAGAAACGAUAUCCAUUGAUUGAUACAUCUCAAUAUAACAUGAAUCGUUUGGGACAAAUGUUAUUGGAUAUGGCAAUCAUUGAAGAAUACAGUGCGCGGACGUUAUAUCUUACGAGGACGCAAAUAAUGUACGAUAUGAAUCGAAGUUAUAAUUGGGUGAAACCUGAAUUAGCAGUGGUAACAUCAUCAUCAUCAUCAUCAUCAUCUCAAGAUACCAAUUGUAAUAAUUUUGAACCAUUCAUGCAGCAAUACAUUAUAGUCGAAGAAGAUAAAGUCAACUUGGAGACGGUACAUUGUCGAAACUGUCGACAUUAUAACAAUGUAAUGAUACCACAAAUAUAUAAGAAACUAAUCGAUACAGAGACGAGUUUCCAAAGAUUAGUAUCUUCGAUAUUUCGAAACGUUCCUUUUACUCUAUAUGAUCCGCAUCCUUUGAAUCAUGGGUAUAGUUAUUACUCUAGAGACAAUGGUAUUGUAAUGAAUUAUGAUCAAAAUAAACAAUUCAUGUUUGGGUGUGAUAAAAUCAAUGAGGAUAUAUUACAAGCUGUUCGUUUAUUACUAGAACAAUGCAACGGUAGACAACCUAAUAAGAUAGAUAUAUGGCAUGGGGACAUCGAUCUUCAAAGAGUCAGUAAAUUGAAACUAGUCGUCUUACAAAAAUUUAUGAAAUGUAAUGGAUCCAACGUUGAAUCCAUAAAACAAUUGAUACAAGAGAGUGAAGUUACUUCAACGUAUAUCACAAGAGAUUGGGCGGAUCUUGUCAAGUUAUGGUUAUACGAAUUACCUGGAGGUUUACUGAUUCGAGAUAAUAUCAAUCGCAAAUUAAUUGUACCACAAGUGCAUGGUCCAGCAUUUACAUUAUUUGUAAGCCAUUGGAGAGUCGCCAGUGGUCAUCAAGAAGCAGAAGCAGAAGCAGAAGCAGUAGCAGAAGAAGAUCGAGCUUUAGUUAAGCUUUUAGAUCCCGUGAACGAUAGUAACGAUGGUGGUGGAACGCAGUUGAUCCAAUCGAUGAUUAGAGACUCGCCAGGCAGUGGCGAGACCAUCGAGGCCUCAGCCAAAGCGUUGCAUCGAUUGAUUUUGAGUUGGGACAGCAUCGAUCACAGAGAGAUCGUCCCGGUGCUGUCCACCGAACCGCCCGCAGACGAACCGGAAUUCGUGCCAUUACCGUUCCGAACCGCCAAGCAGUCUCUGACUGCGGACAAGAACGGAGAAUAG